CAUCUCAAGUUGAUCCAUCACUGUGCUCGGUGACACACAAAAACCACACGUCCGUUGUCUCUUUGCCAAAAAAAAAUUGCGUUCUUAUUUUAAAAAAUAUAAGAAAAUUUUUUUAAAACAUUUUGUGGCCAGUGCUUAACUAAAUUAGUUUUGUGAUAAAUUUAAUAAUUUUACAUUAAACAAAAAAAAAAGAAAAGAAAAAGUGUUGUACUUAACAAUAUAUUAUAUCUAAUAAACAAUACACAUGCUCAAUUAGUUAAAAUUUAUUUUUUAAUUCAUAAAUAGUUCCUACGUAUUAAUUUUUUUUUUAAUAUUGGCGGUAAAAAUGGAGUCGCAUAUUAUACUAUUAUUAUUUUUUCUGAAAUGUUCUUCGGCUGUGAUUUAUAGCAUAAAUGAGAGCGAAUAUGCCAAAUUCCCCGCACUGUACGACCUGGACGACUUCGAGACAUGCAUGCUGGAGCCAGACGCCGUGUACUGCGUGGGCGACUACGACCUCUUCUCCGAUGGACCGUCCGAACUCAUGAGGAUUCUGCAGGAAUACUCAGAAUACAAACUGAAACAUUACAAUCACACACAAAUACAUCGAGGUGUUUGUGUGACUAAAACAUGUAAAAAGUUUAUGGAAACAGUGAGUAAAACAGAGGACCUAGAAUCGACCCUUGUGGCAUGCCUCAAUGAAAGUAUUUGGAACGAUUAUGAACUUCAGGUCAAACUCAAUAAGAUACAAUAUUGUAAAAGAGCUGAUGACAGAGUAACUAUGGAUGCCAGUGAUGCCGUGAUGAUCGUGGUAUAUUUAGUAUUCAUAGCGUUGAACAUCAUAGGUAGCUGCUACGAUUCUACGUUCUGGAAAAAAGAAAACAAAGGAAAUCCAUACUUAUUAGCAUUUUCUGUACGUAAAAAUUGGAACAAAUUAAUAGCGUCAAGCGCCAGAGGAGUAGACCCAAGGCUUGAUCGACUGAAACUCUUCAAUGGAUUAAGAACACUCACGAUGAUUUGCAUCUUCUUUUCACAUUCAACACUAAUUAUGUCAUAUUCUUACAUCUCCAACCCUAUGUUUGUUGAAAAGGCAUAUGAUGAUCCUUUGAAGCAAUUGCUGUACAAUGGAAGUUUGGUGACGCACUCGUUCUUCGUGAUGUCCGCGUUCCUGCUGGCCUACAACUUGCAACUGUACAGCGAGAAACAUGUUGUCACAUGGAAGCAAUUUCCUAGAGGCGUGUUGCUGAGGUGGCUCAGAUUGACGCCCAUAUACGCCCUGAUGAUGGGAACCAUUGCAACAUUGAUGCGCCACAUGGGCGAUGGCCCACUAUGGCCGUUAGUGGUGACCAGUGAGUCGGCAGCCUGCCGGCAGUACUGGUGGGCGCAUGUCCUGUAUAUCAACAACUAUAUAUAUGAUGAUGCAUGGUGUACACCACAGAGUUGGUACCUGGCUUCAGACACCCAGAUGUUCUGCCUGUGUCUGCUAUUGUGCGUAAUGAUCAGAACCCCUCGGUCCAGUAAGAUAAUGUUAACAGUCCUCUUCGUGUACUCACUCGUGGUGGUCGCUGCGCAUACUUACUUCCAGAACUUGGAUCCUGUAGUGUUGCAAAAACCUGAAUCUUUCCGCACCGUAUAUGCGUACGACGACACCUUCAGGCUGCUGUACUCCCGCGGCCACACCAACCUGUCCACGUACACUCUCGGCCUCGCUGGAGGAUUCCUCACAUAUUAUUUACAAACUGAAAAGAAGGACUUGAAAAAUUAUAAGAACUACCGCUGGGCGUUCUGGUUAUUGUUCCCAAUGGGCGUAGCAGUUAUAUUAUCAGGAGGAAUAUUCUAUAUAGACGGCAUCACACUACCCACAACUGUUAAGUUGCUGUACGCAACUAUCUACAAGCCAAUCUUCCAAAUUCUCGUAGUUGCUUUCAUCAUUGGAUGCAUCUUUAAAUUUGAGACGGUAUACCGCGGCAUCGUGGAAUGGCGCGGUUUCACGUGGUGUGGGAGGGUGUCAUACAUUACAUUCUUCACGCACACGUUGAUCCAGAGAGCGUACCUUGGACUCCAGACUACUCCCUAUUAUAUGUCCGAAUAUAACAUUUCAAUGCUGCUGCUAGCGUCAACCGCUGGUUCAUUUAUUUCGGCGGCGAUAUUGUGGAUACUAAUAGAAGCCCCCGUCUCUGGCGUCACUAAAACUCUUCUACAACCACAGCCAUCGAGACCACCACCCUCACUACAGAAUGAACGAUUGUAAAUAAAUUUGUUACUUCAUA